AUGAGUCGAGAAAGUGAUAUUCCAAUCUUCCAUGCGCCGGAAAAAUGUAUACGUACGAAAAAACAAAUGAAUCUUUUUUCUGGUUCUGAGUCAGAGAGAAGGUUUGUUCACUUUAUUCAAGAGCUGAACACCUCGGUUAUUGGAACAAAGAAUGGGAACAUUCACGUUACAACUAAGAGUAUUCAGGCCCUUCUUGAUAUUUUGAACCAACUGGAGAUAUGGGUGAGUGAAAUAUCACCAACAACUUCUGUGACACGAUAUGGUAAUGUUGCUUUUCGAAGUUGGCUUGCUCAUUUAGAGAAGAACUCAAAUGUACAUUACUCCCUCCAUCGAUGCAGGUACACUAUUGAACGUAUUUAUGCUGGAAUGAAACUGAUAAGAAAUCAGGAUGCGAAAGUUGAACUUAUUCCGUACAUUCUUCAAAGCUUUGGGGAUCCUUCCAGGAUAGAUUAUGGGACGGGUCAUGAAUUGAACUUCGUAGCUCUCAUGUAUUGUCUUUAUUCACUUGGGAUUUUUGUAAAGGACGAUUUCAGUUCUCUUGUCAAUUUUGUUUUUAAGGAAUAUGUCAAGCUCGUACGAAAACUGCAAAGAGUAUACCGGCUCGAACCAGCUGGUUCUCGUGGUGUUUGGGGGUUGGAUGAUUAUACUUUCCUUUCUUUUUACUGGGGAGCCGCUCAACUGGUUGGACAUUUCUCACCAAAUAGCGUUCGGGAUGAAAAAAUAUUAAAAGAAAAUUCGGAUGACUUUCUGUAUUUCUCAUCAAUAAAGUACAUCAAAGAGAUGAAGAGUGGUCCGCUUUCAGAAACAGCUCCCAUAUUGUAUGAUAUUAGUUUUCUCCCAACCUGGAAAAAGAUAAAUUCAGGACUAUUAAAAAUGUUUAAGGCUGAAUGUCUCGGUAACUUCCUCGUGAUGCAACACUUUCUGUUUGGUUCAAUUAUUACUCUCGAACCAAAGUAG